CCACUGAUUCCAACAGCCAUCCCGUCUCUUUGAUCGCAGAAGGUUAGCGGCGACAGAAGCAAGGACCUUCCUUUCUCGUCGUCUCUUUGCCUUUAUCAGCAAAGCACCUUAGGAUCUGUCAUUUUAACAGCUCGGUAAUCUAUGCGAUUACGGCAAAUAACUGAACUAGUUUGGGUUGAUGGCGUCCAAGUUGCAUCAAUUGCAAUCCAAGGCCUGUCAAGCGUCAAAGUUUGUGGCCAAGCACGGCACUGCCUACUACAAGCAGUUGUUGGAGCAGAACAAGCAAUAUGUUCAGGAGCCCCCUACCGUUGAGAAAUGCAACCUUUUGGCUAAGCAGUUGUUCUACACUCGCCUGGCAAGUAUUCCUGGUCGGCGCGAGUCAUUCUGGAAGGAACUUGAUUAUGUCAAGAAUUUGUGGAAGAACAGGCAAGAGCUGAAGGUUGAGGAUGCUGGCAUUGCCGCAUUGUUUGGGCUGGAGUGCUUUGCAUGGUUUUGUGCCGGUGAGAUUGUGGGAAGGGGCUUUACCUUUACUGGUUACUAUCCUUGAGCAAAGUCUAUGAAGAGUGUCCUUCACGGAAUUGAAUAUGUAAACUUCAGCCGUAUCUGCAAGUCUCGGCUACUUCACAAGCAAUUUUUUUUCUCUUCAGUUUUGAUGCUGAGAAAUCAGUGGAUAACUUUGAUAGCCUCAAUAAUUUUCUCAUCUCAUGUGUUUAGGUUGAUGAACCUGGCUGUUACGACCAUCGGGAGUUACUGAUACUCAUGAUUGAUAAAUUGUGCUAGUUAAUUAGUCGGAUCACUGUUUGGCAUUUCAAA